UGUAGACCUCCAUGCUCCAUGGUAAUUGGGGUAAUUGGUAAACAUAAAAAAUGGCAGCUUCAUUAGAGAGCUUGGAAGAACAGCUAGAAGAUUUUGUUGAAAAUGUUAGACAAAUACGUAUUAUGGUUAGUGAUUUUCAACCUCAAACACAAUCUGUACUUAACAGUAAAAUUCAAUCACUUGUUUCUGGACUCCAAGAAGUUGAUAAAUUAAAAUCUCAGGUUCAGGAUGUUCAUGUGCCACUGGAGGUUUUUGACUACAUUGAUCAAGGCAGAAAUCCUCAACUUUAUACAAAAGAUUGUAUUGAAAAAGCAUUGACUAAAAAUGAAGAAGUCAAGGGUAAAAUUGAUGCAUACAGAAAAUUCAAGGCCAACAUGCUUGUUGAAUUAAAUCGUGUAUUUCCAAAUGAACUUGCUAAAUAUCGUGCAAUAAGAGAUCGCAGUGAAUAAAUAGUUGAGUCUUUAUAAAAAAAAUAUUAAAUUAAUUAAUCAUUUUCAUAUUAUUAAAUUAUUUAAAUCAAAUGUAACAUUCAACAUUUUUUUCAUUAAAAAAAAAUCUAUUUAAAUUUUAGUUUUCUAGUGUUUUUAGCUUAUAUUUUUAUUAAUUACGUGAGAGUUAGUCUUAUAAGCCCAUCCUGAUAUCAAAAAAUUCCUUAUUGUUUCUUUUAUUACCUAUUAGUUUUUGGAAAAGAUGACAUUAUUACAAUUUACAAGUAUUGUUUAGUUAAGUUGGUAGAUAUUUUCUAACACCUCCUCCCAUAAGAACCCAUGUUUAACCUCCCUAAAUUAUGUCAACUUUGAAUAAUUAUUUAAAAAAAAAAAAAGUCUGAUAAGUUAUAUACUUGAUAUAAAAUUUUUAAAUAUAUAAAUGAUGGUGAUAAUU